AUUUUGACUGCUUUUUAAUUUCAAUUAGAAAAACAAUUAUGUAUAUAAUGACACAAUUUCUUAGAAUUUUAUGACUUUUUGUACAACAUAUAAAUGCAUUUAUUAAUAAUUGUAGUUAACUCCCCCUCCUUCAUUUCCGGUAUAUAUAUGUUAUACCCAUAUUGCCUAAAAGCAGUCAAAAUGACUGGCUUGGGAAAUUUUAAAUAAUCAAAUGACUCUUAUUAUUGAAUUGAGUAAAUUUCUUAUAUUACCAGUUUAGCUCUGUAUUGAAAUAACAGUUUUCAUUUUUUUUCGAUUACCCUUACAUGAUAACAUACAAGUACAUGAUAAAUUGUCGUUUUGGGCGUAUGCAUGAUAAGUUGCAGUUGCUUAAUAAGCUAAAGUAGUAUUUGUUAUUUCAAUCUUUAUGCAGUGAUAGUUGUUCUAACAAGUUGUUUAUUUUAUUUCUUUUGCACCCUAAAUUCAUGAAAGAAAUGGAGAAUAGAAGUGAGUUAUUGGAAAAGCUAACGAACAUAAGUGAAGAGUGCUCCGAUAUAGAAUCAGAUGUAACAAAUUCUGAACUAUCAUCUGAAGAUGAAGCGGAUUAUAUUCAAAGUGAAACAUCUGACACUGAAGAUAGCGAUGAAGAGUCGAUCACCAAUGAUGAAAAUGAAAGCGUCAUCAAUAUGCCCAGGAAAAGAUGUAGAGUGCCAAGUAGUUCAGACUCUGAUGAAGAAACAGAAAACACCUUUCAGGAGACCGAAACAGCUGUCGAUGGUACUGUGUGGUCAAAAAUUGAUGAAGGUGGUAUUCCUAGAAGGUUACCAUUUACUUGUAUUUUAAAGGGUGUGAAAGGGCCAACAGAUCAACUGCAACAUCAUCAAAUGCAACCCAUUAUAACAAACGCAAAAUUUGUCAAGUACGACUUUGCCACAACAACAAAACAAAUAAUAUAUGUGAAAAAUGUCAAAGUGUUAAUCGCGACCAGUGGUAGGAUUAGAGAGAAAAGGGAGAAGAUUCUCCGUGCAAAUCGACUAUUAUCGCUGGACCGAUGUGAGAAGCGUAUCUGAAAGCAGUCUCGUAGUUGCAUCCCUCACGUCACAAUAUACUUUUGGUCUUUCGAGCCAAAUAUUGAUGACACUGAUCCUGUGAGCAGUCUAAGAAGCCACGUAAGGAAACGAAGCAGUCGAGUUACUAGCAGCCUAUCCCAAAUAACGAAUUAUCAGAGAAUCAAUGAACUGUCGGAAGUCGCAGUGAUAAAAUCUGCCAGACUCAUCAACCUGGUAGCAUUACAUCUUUCAAGUAAGACUAUUUAUUUGUCCUUUCGUAUUCUCUUUCUCAGUGGAAGCCUCUGCCGUAGAAAACUUAACUGGCUUAAAAUUUAAGCGUCG